GUGGGGGCGCGGCCACAGAGGGGGCGGGGCCUGUUGCCAUGGCGCCGGGCUCCGACCCGCCGCAUGGACGCGGCCGCCGCCGCCCCGGUGCUGAACGGGACCGGCCCGACGGAGUCCCCGGUACCGGCGGCCGCCAUCCAGCGCUGGCUGCGGGCGGAGGGCGCCGACCCCGCCGCCCCGGCCGAGGAGCAGCUGGGCCUGGCCUGGCGGCUGCUGUGGCGAGCGGAGACCCGGCUGGGCGAGCUGGAGCGGCGGCGGGCCCAGGACAUGAGAGACGUGGAAAGCUACGUGGGCCAUGUCCGUACCCUGACGGAAGAGCGAGAUGCUGUUGCCUCUGAGUAUGAGAAGGAGAAUGAGCAGCUCAGGUUGGAGCUGGCACAGCUCCAGCUGCAGCAGGAAACUCAGCUGAAGGAAGUGGAGGAGAUGCUGGAGCAGGAAGGUUUAUCCCAGAUCUCCUGCAGUGCUGCCAGUGAACAGGUUGCAUAUUUCCUGGUGGAGCGGGCGGCUCUGCUGAGAAAACUGGAAGUGGCAGCCCGGCAGCUGGAAUCCCACAGCGGGAUUGAUGGGCUCCAGUUCUGCAGGGAAGAGCUGGAGGGAGAAGGAGCUUUGCCUGCAGGAGUUGUGGGAGAUGUGGAUGAGGCCCCACAGAGGCUGGUGGUGUCCCAGGAAGAUAUCCAGAGGGUGGCAGAAGGGCUGGAUAGCAGAGAGAAGAGUGGAGCAGCUAGGACAGAGCUCCAGAGGGCCAUGGAGCACAACAGCCGGCUGGACAAGGAGAUCCUGGCACUGCGGGCACGGGUCCAGACGCUCGACCUGGAGAGGAAAGCGUUCCUGGAGCUGGUGGAGCAGCUCAAGGAGGAGAUCUGUGAGUACCAGCGGAGCGAGAGGCCAGAGCCUCCAUCAGCAGAGGGAGCUGGAAUGGCCUCACUGCAGGCACAGGGCACCCAGGAAGAAGCAGGAGCUGAUGGAGACUCUGGUGCCAGCAGAGCUGCCCCAUAUCAGGAACGUGGAGAUCAAGGUGUUGAAACUCUCCACAAAAGGUGCCUGGAAGCCAUGGAGAGCAUUGAGGGCAGGAAUUCCCAGCUCCUUCACAAGCUGCAGAAACUGGAGCAGGAACACAAGGGUUUGGUUGAGCGCAAUGAGGAGCUGGAAUCGAUUCUGGGAGAGACACAGAUCCAAACCAAGCAAGAGAAGCAGCAGCUGGAGAGCCAGGUGGAGGGACUGCACCAGAAAAUCACCAGUUUGGAAACAGAGUUGUUUGAGGUGCAGAAGAACAAAAGUGAGAUGAAUGGGAACGAGCAGAUGACAUCUGGAGCUCAGGAGAUGCAGGAGAUGUUGGAAAGCUGUCAGGAAACGAUAGACAAGUUGGGAAGUCAGCUGGGAGAGAGGAGAGAACGGAGAAAGCAGCUGGCAUCUGAGCUGGAGUUGCUAAGGGAAGAUCUGAAGGCUGAGAAGGUGGCUCUGGGCAGCCAGGGUUUGCCUGAUUCCCACUCAGAGCUCACAAGCCACAUAAACACCUUCCCAAGUCUCCAGAGAACAUCAGCCAGCAAGGAUCCUGUGGCUGUACCCCAUGAGAAGCUACACAAAGACAGUGCUUUGCUAGCUCCAGAGGCCUCUGAAGUCCAGCAAGACAGAGAACAAAGUCCCAAAGUGGAGCAGAAACAGGAAGAUCCCCGUGCAGAUGCAAAGACCUAUGAGGAACAGAUGGCUAAAGUAGUGUUUUUGGAAGAACAGAUCAAAAACCUGAGGGAAGAACAAGAACUGCUCUGCUCUGAAUUACUAGAGAGCAACAAGAAGAAGGAGGAGCUGGAAAAGCAGCUCAAAGAGAGCAGUGAAGAGAAAAGGAUGUUGCUUGAAGAAAUUGCCCAGCUCAGAUGUGACAUCCGGAGUGCCUGGGAGCAGGGCCCCAGUGGAGACAGCAGGAGGAUGACCCCAGCCUUGGAGCAGAGGGAGAACAGGUUUCUCCCAUGGCAGAGCUCAGCAGGCAGUUUAGAAGGGAGCCUUAAACAGGGUCUGUCUGAGGAGAGGUUCCAGCAGCAGGAGGAGAAGCUGCAGCAGCUGCGCCAGGACCUGCGGCGGGUGCAGAACCUGUGCAGCUCCGCUGAGAGGGAGCUCAGGUACGAGAGGGAGAAGAACGCCGACCUCCAGAGGCAAAACCUGCUGCUCCAGCAGGAAUGCACCAAGGUCAAAACUGAGCUGAAGCAGGCCCGGGCCAAACUCUUGGACACCACGGAAACAUGUUCCUCCCUCUCAGCACAGUGGGACAGGAGCCAGCAGAAGGUCAAGGAGCUGGAGCUGGAGCUGUCCAAGUGCUCCCAGGCUGAUAAGCUCCGGAGCAGCCUCCAGGAGAGGCUGGCCCAGGAGAAAUCCAGAGCAGGAGAAGCACAAAAGAAGGUUUCAAAACUCCAGCAAAAGCUGAAGGAUUCCCAGCACCAGCUGCUGCUGGCAGAGGCUCGUGUUUCUGAUAAGAAGCUUCUGGAGGAGGAGCUGAAGGAAGCUCGGGAAAAUGAAGCUCGAGUGCAGCAGGAACUUCACGAGGAGCAGCUGAAAAGGAGGCUCCUGGAGCAGCAGGUGGAGGAGCUGAGGCAGCAGCUCCGGCAUUCCCGGGAUUCAGAGGCGUCACUGGCCAAGAUGCACGUGGAGCUCCAGGCCAAGACCCUGCAUGUCCUGGAGGAUGAGAAGAAGCUGGAUGCUGGUGAGCAUGUGCAGUGCCAGAAGGAGAAUCAGAAGCUCUCAGAGCAGCUGGCACUGCUGAAGGAGGAGAACAAAGCCCUGUAUGAGGAAGGUGUCCGACUCUUGAACCAGAAGGAUCUCUAUGUCAGGAAAUACAACGAGAUGCAGCUCAGGCACAAGGACAGGAUUCGCAGGGCCAAGGAGACCUUCAUCCAUGAGGUGAAGCAGAGGGACAGCAGGAUCAAACAGCUGGAAAAUGAGCUCAGCGAGUCAAAACUCCAAGUGGAAAAGGGGAAGAUGCUGAUUGCCCAGAUCACUGCUGAGAAUGAGAAAUUACUUCAGGAGAGGCGACGGCUCCUCCAAAAAAUAUCAGACCAGGAGGAGUCCACUUGGAGCCUCCGGUCUGGGAUUCCCUCCCUGCAGAGCAGAGGGAAGAUCCUGGAGGAGGAGAAUGCCCGGCUGCAGGACAAGCUCCAGCUCUCCAGCCAUGUGGCCUCCUCCCAGCGCCUUGCCAGGAGCAGCCCCACUCCCAACACAGAGGACUCGAAGAUUAUUCCUGGCUCUGAACGCCUACCACAGAGUAAGGUGUUGCCACCUCCUCGUGCCAGCUUCCCACCCCGAGAUCUCGCAGAGCCCCUCGGCGCCCUGAAGGCCCCGCAGAACACGAAGCCUGAGGGAGAGGCUGAGAGCCAGGAUUCCUCCUUCUGCCUGUCCCCCUGGCAGCCUUCAGAGAUUGGGUACCUGAACGUGGCCUCCCCCGGGGAGAGCACAGCCCCUGCAGCCUCACCCCUGCAGGAGGAGAGCCGCAGCCUGGGCUCGGACAGCUUCUGACCUGCAAUUUUUGCUGCAGCCUUCCCUGAGCUGCAGCCUGGGCUCCAACAACUUCUGAACUCUGCUGCUGCAGCCUGGGCUCUGACAAUUUCUGACCUGCAAUUUUGCUGCAGCCUUCCCUGAGCCACGGGGCUUGGGCUCCUGGGGCCAGGGAUGACAGAGAAAGAGAAGACAGGCUGACAGAGAAAGAGAAUUGCCAAAUGGACUAACCCCCUUAUUUCCAACUAAAUGAUUCUUCACCUUUUAUUUUUUUUAUUUUUUUUUUACCUGUUCACCUGUAAAUGUAUGUGUGAUCCCAGGAGGCUGGAAUUUGUAGAUAAACCUAUUACAGGGUUUCUUCAAGGAGGGUGUCUUCCCUCAACCCUGUCCAGUCCAAAUCUAUAAUUUUGAUAAAUAAAAUUUAGAGAUGUUCCCUUUUACCCUGUGCCCACAGUCCAUGCCCACACGCUGUCAUUGCCCUUUUUCCACACUCUCAGCAUUCCCUUUGCUUUGUGCAGAGGUGAACGGGGUAUCUGAGCACUGGGGAGAGGGUGGGGAUGUGGAGGGAAGGAAGAUGGGAGGAAAGAGAAGCUCUGGGGGCAGGAUGUGAAGGGCAGAGGGGUCAGAAAUGAGCUUGAGGGAGAUGGAAGAGCAGAGGGAAAUGGAAUAGGGGCAGAAGAGAGGAGGGAUAUGAGCAUCCAGGGAAGGAGAGGAGAUACAUUUGGAAUUGAUGGUCCCAUGCUUGGGUGGGAGUGAGAGAGAUCAGGCCAUGCAAAACAGGGAGUGGAGGGAGUCUGAGGAUGCCAGGAGGGAAGCAGCAGGAUCAGAGCUGCAGAUCAGGCGGGAACAGAGCAUGGCUGUGCCUCUCCAUGGGCCUCUCUGUGCCUCCUGGCCUCUCCCUGUGUGUUUUAGGCAGCUCUGGACCCCUCAGUGUGCCCCCUCUGCACCCUGGCUGUCCCUUAGGGAGUAUCCCAAGCCCUGGUGUCCAUUCUGGGGGGCAUCCCCACCCCUUGGUUUGUUUUGUGCCAUGCCCAAGCACCCCUGGUCCCUGGCAGUGCCUGUCUGGGCUCCCCACAGCCCUCACGGAGCCUUUUGGGGUGCACAGAACCUCUCCAUGGGAUUUUCUGUGUCACAGAGCCCUGGGCUGUGCACACCCCAGUGUGUGUGAGCAGUGCCUGGGGGUUCAGUGCAUCCUCAUCCCUCUGGCUGUGCCCUGGCAAUGUAAAACUCCUGACCCCAGGAAAGGUACCUGGGUGUUCCAACUGAGCCUGAAUUAACCUACUGAACUUUGGAUUUUUGGAGCUUCUACCCCUGAUGGAACCAGACUGUGACCACCACUUUGACUGUGGACACUGAGAUUGCAAUAACCAAGUCUUGACCUUUCCUCUCCACUCUCUACUCUGAUCCUUUCUUUUUUUUCUUUCUUUUCCUCAUGUAUUUUCUAAAGUGUUAUUUUUAUACUUUUAUAUUGGUGUAUUUCUAAAGGAAAUAACAAUGGCUACGUAGGUGACUUGCAUUGCAACCAAAGUGUUAAAAUAAAUGUGACAUAUAUAUAUAAA